AUGAUGCGUGACCAGCCUUACGUGGGGUCGCACCACUAUUCCGCCCAAAACAUGGCCGACGGCGGAGACCUGUCCUACCUCGAUUAUUAUUUCGAGCAGGACGCUGUGCCUGCGUCUCUGCCGGCUCCGGCGAACCCGCAGGGGAGCAAGAAGAGGGGGGCGUCGGCGAUGGAGGUUGACGCGCCGCAGGGGCAGGGCGUGGUGGGUCUGUGGAGUGAGAUGGUGGCGGAGGAUCAGCCGGGGUUUAAGAGGCAGAACUCGCUGUGGGAGUCAAUGGAUACCGGUGGCGGGCUAGCGCUUCAUGUGGUGGAGUCGUCGGUCUCGGCGGCGCGGGGGUCCAAGCGGCAGCGCUCUCCGUCGGGCUCGAUUGAGACCGCCAGCGGCGGGAGCAAUGAGGACGGCGGAAGCGAGACCGUCAAUGAGUCUCUGGCGUUGGCCACGGUGACGGGGGAGAAGGGCGGGAGGCGGCUGUGGAAGAAGGACCGCCACAACGAGUGGUGGGACACGGCUAGCAGCUCGGGCUACCCGGCGGCGGACUUCAGCCACCAUUUCCGCAUGUCCCCCUACACGUUCCAGGUUCUGUGCGAGCAGCUGGCGGCCGCCGUCCACAAGGAGGACACCGCGCUGCGCGCCGCCAUCCCCGUGCAGAAGCGCGUCGCCGUCUGCGUCUGGCGCCUCGCCACCGGGGAGCCCCUCCGCAAGGUCGCCGAUCGCUUCGCCAUCGGGGUCUCCACCUGCCACAAGCUCGUGCUCGACGUCUGCGCCGCCAUCGAGGCCACGGUCGUGCCCAACGUCAUCCGGUGGCCGGACCCCGCCGCCAUGGCCACCAACGCCGCCAAGUUCGAGGCCUUGUCGGGCAUCCCGGGCAUCAUCGGCGCCGUCUACACCACCCACGUGGCCAUCAUCGCGCCCAAGCACCACGUCAUCAACUACUUAACCCCCCGCGCCACGGCGCGCAAGAGCAAGACCUGCUACAGCAUCACCCUGCAGGCGUCGGUGGACGCGGACGGGACCUUCACCGACGUCCGCGUCAGCCCCGGCGCCAUGACCGGCGACCAAACCCUCCUCCUCUGGUCGAUGAACAAGCCGAAGCUUACCGGGGAGACCCUUGGCGAGGGCAUGCGCCUGGUCGGCGGCGCCGGCUACCCGCUCACGGACUGGAUGCUGGUGCCCUACUCCCACCACAACCUGACGUGGACGCAGCACGAGUUCAACGGGAGACUGGCAAUGGCGCGCGCCGUCGCCGUCGGCGCGUUCCAGAGGCUCAAGGCGCGCUGGGCCUGCCUCCAGAGGCGCACCGAGGUCAAGGUGGACGACCUUUCCGUCAUGCUCGGCGCCUGCUGCGCGCUCCACAACAUCUGCGAGCGCAGCGGCGAACCCUUGGACCUCCAGCUGCUGCAGGGCCUGGAGCUCGACCUAGACGACGACGACGACCACAUGGUCGCCAAUGACCCCGUGCCCUCCCCCGCCGCCGAGCAAAUGCGAGACACCAUCGCCCACAACAUGCUUCACCAUGGCAACAAGCUGGCCGGCGCUGGGACGUCUUUCUACUAG